GUAAGUUGGUUAUUAAUAAAAUCGAGAUUAAUUAAAUAAAGAAUGAUAAAAUGCCGGCUGAAGAAAUUAAUUCUAAAAUGUCUACGUAAGAUUCUACAAAGAAAAUUAUAUAAAAGAUAGAAAUCAUAAUGAUAACUAAUAAAAAUUCGUGAUGAAAAGAACGAAAUAUUUAAUAAUUUAACAAAAACAUAAUAAAAAGGAAAAGAAUACACACACGAAUAAAAACUUACGGACAAAUACUAUCCAGAGCUAUGAAAACAUUUCUGUUUUUUCGAUACAUUUAACGCAAGUGUUUUAAAUUGAUACUUCAUAUAACCAAAUUUAUAAUCAUUAAAAAAGAUUUAGCGGAAUGGUAAAUAUAUGCGUUAUUGAUAAAAUUAGUAUAUAAGAGAGAUGACGUUGAAGACCGUCAAAAUACUUUAAAAGGGGUUUUUGAUUAAAAUCAACGGAAUCAUGGCACGACGUACUUUCUUAACAGUCUUAUUGGCAUCUACCAUCUUGGCAUAUGUACAGACUAAUCCCGUAUCGGGCAACGUUCUAAACACAGUAAUUAUACCGAAUCAAUUACUCGAGCCCGAAAUAUCUGUAUUCCAAAAUAAUUUAAAAGAAACAUGGACAAACGUGAAGAAUACGAUACAAGAAAAAAUCAAGGAAUUGGUUGAGGAUUCCUCAAUCAGCAAUGACUUCUUAAAUACUGUCGAAACGUUGAUUCAUAAACUCAAACUAACGAUUGAAGAAAGUAUUGAAGGUAGUGAUAAACUUAAGGAUCCCGAACCAUCUAAAAAUGAACUAGUGUAUAGUUGGGUGGAACAUCAGAAAACAUUUGAGGAACAAUAUGAAGAAAUGAAAAAUUCAAAUGUGCAAGCGAUCAGUGAUGAAAUUAAAAAUGCAAUAAAAAAAACAAAAGCAGCUAUACAAAUCGCUAUAGAUAUUGUUCGCGCGCGAAUAGAAAAUAUUGAAAAGAACAACGAUAAGGAAAUAGUAAUACAAUAUGAUGACGAUGGUCUUAAAAUUAACGACAAGGUAUGGCAAAGUUGGAACGAAUUCAAGAACCAGCUUAAGGAAAAAAUAUUGAAUAAUCCUAAAGUAAAAGAUAUUGUUGAGAAAACUAACAAGAUGAUAGAAAAAAUUAAAGAUGACCUGGAAAAUAUUAUUGACGCUAUUGACAAAACCAGAUAUUUUGAAGAGAAAAAGGACGAUUUCGCGAAUUACAGUUGGAAAGAAAGAUCAAAGAAAACUUUGGAGAACUUAAAGAAGAAACUUGAAGACAACUUGAAGGAUAAUUUGAACAAACCCAAAGUACAAGCAAUCAUCAAGAAAACUAAUAAAACGAUCGAAAAUACUAAAGAUACCAUCAAGAAAAUUAUAGAGUCUAUUAGAAACAGCAUCGACAAAAAUCCCAAGCAACCAGAAAAUCCUGAAAAUGAAGAAGAAUUAAAAGAUGGCAGAAUGGAAGAUCUUGAAUCUGAUGUUUUUGGAAAAACAGUAAAGGAAGGUUGGAAUGACUUCAAGAAACAUAUUGACGAUAAAUUCAAGAAAAUUUUGAACAAUCUUGAGGUAAAAGAAAUCUUCGAGGCUUUAAAAAAAGAAAUCAAAAAGAGGUUUCCGAACCAACUAGAAAAUCUUGAAAAUUAUGAAUUUGAUGUUUUUGGAAAAACAGUAAAGGAAGCUUGGAAUGGCUUCAAGAAACAGGUUGACGAUAAAUUGAAGAAAAUUUUGAACAAUCCUGAGGUAAAGGAAAUCUUCGAGGCUUUAAAAAAAGAAAUCAAAAAGAGGUUUCCGAAGCAACUAGAAAAUCUUGAAAAUUAUGAAUUUGAUGUUUUUGGAAAAACAGUAAAGGAAGCUUGGAAUGGCUUCAAGAAACAGGUUGACGAUAAAUUGAAGAAAAUUUUGAACAAUCCUGAGGUAAAAGAAAUCUUCGAGGCUUUAAAAAAAGAAAUCACAAAGAGGUUUCCCAAGCAACUAGAAAAUCUUGAAAAUGAAGAAGAAUUAAAAGAUGGCAGAAUAGAAGAUCUUGAAUUUGAUGUUUUUGGAAAAUCAGUAAAGGAAACUUGGAAUGACUUCAAGAAAGAUUUUAACGAUAAAUUGAAGAAAUUGUUGAACAAUCCGAAAAUAAAGGAAAUUAUUGAGGAAGGUGAAAAGGUAGUCACACAAGAAUUGGAAUGUGUUUAA